CGCCUCGCCUGGAGCCGAAGCGGCCGCUCGUUCCCGGUGGCAGCGCCGCACGCCCCCCGCCCCACGGCCACGGGCGCCAGGAAGACCGGAGUGAGGACUCUAGAACUUAAUGGAACUACUUACAGUAGUCCUGUCAUGAUUUAACCCAAGCUAGCAAUUCAAAACCACCAUAGCUCCUCACUCACUCUGCAUGCCCCUUCCCAAAUAGGGGAGAGAAUUCAAAGGGAAGGAGGGAACUUGUUGACUGAUAUAAGCACAGAUUAAUAAAAUGCAAUUCCUCAUGAACUCCAUCUGCACCAAGCACCCAGUCCUGGGAGAAGCAACCUGGUUCUGAACAGCAGAUUUUGGAAGGGCAAAAAGUCAACUAAAAGAAACUUCCAAACAGAACUCGACCAAAAUGGAGCAGAAUCAGAAAUAGUCUCCAUCCCUGUCCAGAAAAUCCGUCUCUCCUUAAAUUCAAAGCCUGACAUUAAUGGGAUGGAGUAUUCUCAUUGAUCAGCCUGGAUGUCAGCCAGUGUCUUUGUCAUCCAUGUCCCUUUCCAGCUGCUCCACACCUGUGGGCUCAGAAUGUCCUCCCAGACCAACCAAGAUAACAGCAAGGUUUUGCAUUCUCUUGGCUCCAGCUCAAAGGCACUGCAAAAUUACUUGAAGAACAACAUUAACUCUGUCCCAGGGUGUUAUCUUCUUGUUCUCAAACCAAAUCCAAACAAUGACUGUGCUAGCUACAAAAAACAAGUUUCUAACUGCAUGAACAAAAUUAACUCACUUUCAGUCAAACCAGCACAAGUUCUUAUGCUGUUCUUGUGAUGUAACUGAGUCUUACUAGAAGGUGAAAAGGUACAACAUCUGUUUUUUUGUAGUCCUUGACCUUUCUGCUCAGCUACCAUCAGAUACUUAUUAGUGCCACUUUUGUCAGUGCUUUGUUUUGUGGCUGACUCUAGGAAUUAGUCUGAGACCCACAAGUUGUUUCCCUCCAGCUACAGACCCACUCAGGGAGUGCUCAGGGUGCAGUUUCACAGCCUGUUCACAUCACAUUCCUACUGCUCUCCUCUCCCUGCCCCAUCUCUCCUGGUUGUGUGAGAGAUCAGCUGCCUGCAUUGUGAGACAGUUUGGGUAAUGAUGGCUCAGCUCCAGCAAGGAGGCCCAGAUGAAAAAGAAAAGACUACUGCAUUAAAGGAUUUAUUGUCUAGAAUAGACUUGGAUGAACUAAUGAAAAAAGAUGAGCCACCACUUGAGUUUCCUGAUACUCUGGAAGGAUUUGAGUACGUUUUCAAUGAAAAAGGGCAGUUGAGACACAUAAAAACUGGGGAGCCGUUUGUAUUUAACUAUCGUGAAGAUUUGCACAGAUGGAACCAAAAGCGCUAUGAAGCUCUUGGAGAGAUCAUUACGAAGUAUGUUUAUGAACUGCUCCAAAAGGAAUGCCACUUGAAGAAGGUGACUCUCCCGGUUGACGCGACUGAGAGUGAACCAAAGAGCUUUAUCUUUAUGAGUGAAGACGCGCUAACGAACCCUGACAAGCUGAUGGUAUUAAUUCAUGGUAAUGGAGUUGUAAGAGCAGGUCAGUGGGCCAGGAGACUGAUAAUUAACGAGGAUCUGGACAGUGGCACGCAGAUACCCUAUAUAAAGAGAGCUACUGAGGAAGGCUAUGGAGUAAUAGUACUGAAUCCCAAUGAGAACUAUAUUGAAGUGGAGAAGACAAAAGCCCAAGUACAGCCGUCUUCUGAUAGCUCAGAUGAACCUGCGGAAAAGAGGGAAAGAAAAGAUAAAAUCCAGAAGGAACCAAAGAAACGACGUGACUUCUACGAAAAGUACCGAAAUCCACAAAAAGAAAAAGAAACUACGCAGAUGUAUAUUAGAGAUAAUGGAUCUCCCGAAGAACACACAAUUUAUGUUUGGGACCAUUUUAUUUCCCAAUCGGCUGCAGAGAACGUGUUUUUUGUUGCUCACAGUUACGGUGGACUCGCCUUUGUGGAGUUGAUGAUUCAACGAGAGACAGAAGUAAAGAAUAAGGUAACUGCUGUGGCGUUGACAGACUCUGUUCACAAUGUGUGGCAUCAAGAAGUUGGGAAAACUAUUCGAGAGUGGAUGCGAGAGAACUGCUGUAACUGGGUGUCCAGCUCCGAGCCCCUGGACACGCCGGUGGAGUCGAUGCUGCCAGAUUGUCCCCGCGUCUCCGCAGGUACAGAACGGCAUGAACUAACUUCCUGGAAGAGUUUUCCAUCUAUUUUCAAGUUCUUCAGCGAAGCCAUGGAGGCCAAGAACAGCUCAGUGAAACAAACACCAACACGCCGUUCCAACAGGAUAAAAUACGAAGAAUUGUAAAAGGAGGGGAGGAAGAAUUAUAAAAACGCAAAAAAAGAAAAAAAAAAAAAACAGCACCAACACCAACCUCUUCACUGCUUGUUUUCUGCAAGCUGUCUCCCAGCCCCUCAUUAGAUUGUUUUCUUCCUAGAGCACAGGGUCGUGAUGUAUACAUCUAAAUAGCGUUUUGCAUUAUUUCUAGAUGAGUGCAACUGUCAAAGCAAUAUGGGUUCACUGGUUGUGCUUCCUGUGGGCUGUAACUUGGAUUUCGUGCUGCCCAUCAGCGCGCAGAUUAAGGCUGACAGUGGUACUGCACAGUGCAGCAUGGUGCAGCUCUAAUUGCCCUGACAUAGCCCUGCACCAAGCUGAUGCCAGAAUUUAACAGCUCCGUCGUGGUCCUAUUGCCUGCAGGAUUUUUUGCUGCUUCCUUCUAUUUUAAGACAGAACAAAACAGGAAUUACUUUCUUUUUUGUUUUGUUUUCCUUGGUUUUUCAAAAGACGCUUCUAAACUCAGAAGUACUAAACCAGCCUGUGGGUUUACACCCUUCUUUUUCUCUGGGACCAAGUGGGAUCAACUCUUGGCUCUUUCAUUUUCUGCUGGUAGGAGGGACCAAGAAGUUUGGUCCAGAUUUAUAGGCAAACCCCUUUGUUGUAGAGAUUUUCUCCUCCUGCGAGAUCAAUGGCAUUAUCUGUAGAUUUUCUCUUCCUUUUGAAAGCUCCACUUUUAAAGAAAAAAAAUGCCUAUUCACUAACUGGCUGGGUCACACUGUGAAAUAUGACAGAAAAAAGAAAAAAAAAAAAAAAAGUAGAGGCACACAUUGCACAUUUUCCUGUUUAUUUGUAAAAGCAAAGAUGCUUCCGUUUUCGUACGCCAGGUUUGUAAUGACUUUGCCAUCCCGUGGUUAUUCCCUUUUUCCCUGAGCAAACGGGUUCAUCCCCUGCGCUGGGGGGUGAGGAGGGGGGGUCACCCUGCGUGGGGACCCCACGCCACGUGGGGGGCGGGGAGGCCGGGGAUGCCGCUGUAUCCACAGGCAGCUUUUCUCCGCUAAAACAUCUGAUAAGCGACAAGAUGUGCCUGAUAGCGUGCCCGGCGAGCGAGCGCGCUAAUUAAGCUCUUUUUAGUGUUGAUGAUGCUAAAUUAAAGUGAUCUUUUCUUCAGUGGCCGUGCCUGCCUCGCCUCUGAUGCUGUUAGUGCCGAGGAGGCAAAACUCAAAAUACGUGGAUUUGGGACCCCCCGAUCCCACCCCCCACACCUCUGUGUAAUGUUUCCUAUCCCUUGAGGCCGGGAAUAGGCGGGGGGAGCGUUAAAACAAGGUGAUGUCGGAGCGUGGGAAUCCCCCCCUCCACCCCAUCACUAUCCAAUCCUUUGGGGCGGAAACCCUCCAUUUGGAGGGCUCUCCGCACCCGCGGAGCGCUCACGUCCCUGCCUGGGUUUACCGGCAAUAGGGUUUCCCUUCCCCCUACCUCUCCGCUGCAUUUAACCUCUCCCAUUUUCAAGCAUCCCCCCCGCGGGUGAACCUGUUGCUGGGGGCUGGGGGGAGAGGAGUUGGUCUGCAACCGGUUCCCCCCCUCUCCGGGCCUGUGUCCACCCCAGCCGUGUGUUUAGGGGGGCAGGAGGGGGUUUACACCGCGUAUUUUGGGUUUCUGUGCUUCUUCCCACAGCCGGAGGAGGUUUUUGUGUGUGCCCCCCUCCGCGUUUCCAUCUCCAGGGAGGUGAAAUGGGGUUCUCCGGGGUGCCAGAUGUUGCGGGAACGGAUCUAUUUUUGAGUGUCUAUUUUACUAAACGGAUCUAUUUUGUUUCAAGUGCCGAUAAGAAACCAAGUGUACAAAAAUUUCUACUGUAACGACUGCCCUUUUUUCUAAUGCUUUUUUUCCUCAGCUGGCCCGGCUCGCUCCUGUAGGGGAUCUGUAAAAGCAGAGCGGGGGGGUCCUUGCCACUGAUAUUUCUCCGCUUGCACUGAACAGAAAAUAAAGAUGCUCUUUACUAUU